UCCUAUCUGUCAAACAUGGCUGACCAAAACAGAAGCGAUGCGAAAUUUGAUUUCUGCAGCGAAAUAUUGAGCCCGUCGGAGCUGUUCGCUGCCCGGUCCAGAAGUCACAAGAUCCCGGUGAGAGGACAGAAGGAGUUUCUACCAAGCGACUCCCGGAAACAGCGAGAGCGGCUGCAGCAGAGUCUCGAUGAGCACUGGAGCCUGGUGUCAGAGGAGAGAGUGGAAAGACUAGGCAACCUGGUGAAGGCUGUAUGGCUCCCCAGUGAGAGCGUUGUGGAGCUGCAGUCACCAGCUGGGAAGUUCUGGCAGACUAUGGGCUUCUCUGCUCGGGGUAAGCAGUGUCUCCACCCUGAGGAAGCUCUCUACCUCAUGGAGUGUGGCAACCUGCAGGUGUUCCACAGAGACCUCCCUCUGUCGAUCCAGGAGGCCUACGAGAGGUUCCUGUCCUCCAGGACUGUGAGCCUUCAGCAGUACCAGGUGUUUGGACAUCUGAAGAGACUGGGCUACGUGGUCAACAGGUUUGACAUCAGUUCGGUGGCGUCCCAGUACGAGAGACAGCUGAACCUGCCUGUGUCACGUGAACGAGGAGGAAGACACGUCAAAAGAAAACGCAGCCCCUCCCCUCCCCCAAGGAUCACAGAGGCCCAGCAGGGCUCUACCUCGGAGGAGAGGAAAGAGAGGGAUGACGGAGAGAGGAGUGAGAGAAGGGACCAGGAGGAACGAGAAGACAGGAGGGAGAAAGAGAGGAACGACAGGAUGGAGGAGAGAGGAGAGGGAGAGGAAACUGAGAGGAAAAAGGAGGAAGGAACUGACUCCUUUUCUCCUGACUCUCCCUCACGUCACACAGCCUCUCGACCCAGCGACCUCACCAUGGCGACGUUGCCGGGCACCCCCGGCCUGACUGAGGCUGGCAUGGGUCGGUCCUGGUGGGCAGGUGAGGACCCAGACCAGGCCGGGACUCACUUGCACCCUGCCCCAAACCUGCCUCUCCCCCAGCCCCAGCCCUCCUCCUCCUCUGCUCCUCCACGCUGGGCCUCCAUCUCCUUCCCAGACCUGGGCUCCAGGAGGGCCCUCCCCUCCAGCCUCCCCUCCCCAGAGCCCAGCCUGCUCCCUGGGGCCCUGGCCGUGGGGCCUUGCCCCGUGGCCCCCUGGCUGCAGAGGCUCAGCCUGCGCCAGGUGCACAUGUCCCGUGGCGAGCGGGAACGAGAGCGCGAGCGCGACCGCUACCGGAGGGACGUCAACGAGGACCGCGAGGUGCGAUGCUGUCGGAACUGGGCGGAGUACCGGCAGCUGCUGGCUCAGCGGAGGGGGCGGAGCCACAGGGAUAGACCCGCCCACCUGUGGGAAGGGAAGGUCACGCCCCUCCACGACCCCCGACACCCCACCUCCUGUGGUGAGUUGCUGGACAAGAUCAGUGUCAUCAAGCCUUAUAGACUAACAGAUGGACCCUCCAGGGAGCAGGGGUCGGAGGGCUGGAGGCUGUGUUUUGAUGUCUACCAGCCGGACACUGUGGCUGAGUUCAGGAAGAGCAGUCCGGGGAGGCCUUACUCUCGCAUGUGUGUCUGCAGCUUCGCAGGGCCGACACCUGACCUCAGGGUGGUGGAGCAGCUGACGGAGCAGAGCGGAGGUGUUCCUGUUACCUUCGCUGUGGUCGACCAUGGAGACAUCUCCUUCUACUGCUUCAAACCCUUCCUGUUGACCACAGACACUGCCCACUGACCAGACACAACAUGACCACAGACACAACAUGACCACAGACACACCAUGACCACAGACAUAACUAGGAGAUAAUCUGAGAUUGUAUCAGAGCAUCUUUGCCAAAUUAGUUGAUUUAUAAAGUUGCAGUAGACUUUUAAUAAAAAAAUGAAUUGUUCUUACUGGA